GUCAGAGCAAAGUGACGUUACUGACGACGGGGGACGGCAGCCCCCUCCACUCCUCAUCUCUCUGUGCCACUCGUCGGCCCACUUGGGCGACAGCCUUCUUUCUGUUCGGUUGUCCCACUCCACCGCCUACCCCACUCUUCACGCUCUCUCACUCUACCUACACUUUUCACUCUCUUCCUACGUUCACUCAUGUACACAUCGCAGGUUAUAAAAGUACCCUGCGCAAUCGUCAGACUCUUAGUCAAUUCUCGAACGUAUCUGAGUGUGUACAUGUCUCUCUCUUUCUACCAUUACGUUUAUUCAAUUUGAAUUUCGAAGAAAAUUUCAACCGUAAACCUCCUUGCGUGUAUACAUCUCUUGAAAUUCCACGAAGUCGGAAGCAGUUGCAGCCUUGCUUCCUUCUCGGAAGUAUUUAUCUGGGAAUUGUUUUCUAUCCUCGUUAUUUCCUCCUUCAGUUUUUCUAAGGAUUACUUCUAAUACUUGCAACAUAUCAAAACAACAUGUCUGUCACUUCGGUUCAACCUCCUUCUGAAAAUCUUUCACGUCAUGGGAGUAACGUAUCCCUCUCUUGUCACAGUUUAUGUGAUAGUGUAGACGAUGGUCUUCAAGGUUCCCAUCCUCAAUAUCAAGAUACGAUUCUAACCAUUGAAGAACUCCGUGCUCAAUUGAACUCAUGCUUUACGUGUGGGGUCUCUUGGAGCGAGGAACAUGUCUCUCUUGAUUGUAGUGAAUGUGGUGGUUAUUCUCUUCAACGACCUUGCCCACUUUGUGAUGGACGUUGUCACACAGUGUGGAAACGUGAUCUUACUAUGUCUCAUGCAAGUGGUAAAGCAAGAUGGAUCGGUGAAUGCGCUCUCAGUUGUGGACCUUCUCUCGAAGAAUCUUUGGUACCAGCUUUGGAAAAGCUAAGGGCAACCUCGUGAAUUUAUCAUUAUCAUUAUCAUCGCCAUCAUAAUCGUCAUCAUCAUUAUCGUUGCAUCAUCGAUAUUUUCGAGCAACGUCGGCGUUAUCGUCGAAUCGAGCAACAAUGCAAUCAUUGCAUAAGACUUAAUAAUCCAUUUCACUAAAUCCAUUUACUGUUUCUCAUCAUCCCGUGAUCAUCAUCAUCGGUGCGACGUGAAAUGUGUGCAUGUGGAUUAUUUUUUAGAUGUAUUGAGAAAGGGAGAGAGAGAAAAAAAGAGACAGAGCAUUCGUACAAACUUGAACAAAAAAAAUGAUUCCGGAAAAAUUUACAGAUACACAUUUCUAAAUAAAAUCAAAAAAAGAAAACAGUAUCAUUGUCAUAGUAGAAAAAGAAUCAUUUUGAUCUACUGUACUUGAGAAUCCUUGUUGAUUAUAUUACUUGGACUUGACUAAAAAUAGUUUUCAAAAAUCACAAAAUCUCUCGAGUGUCAUAUUAGAAAUCGACUAAGAACAAAUUAUUUCCAUUAAGUUAAAAAAAAAAAACAUUUUACUUUCUUUUUAAGUUAUUCUCAUUCUUUUGAGUUAACUAAAAUAUAAUUGGACUUACAUA